AUGCCAUGGAUUUCGGACCAAAAGGACACGUCAACGACUCGCCAUGGAGAUUGUCUCAUGCUCGUACCUACAAUGCUAGAACAAUCUCCACCAACGCAAAAUUUCACAGCCUUCUCGAAGCUGUUGCCACAUAAUUGCUUUGCAGGAAACGAAGUCUCGGAGGACGGAUGUGAAGCAGCGAUUGUUGGCACACUCAUCAUUCUUUGA